AUGAACGAGACCAAGGGAGCUUUUGAGAGCCCAGAGCUUUGGAGCCCAGCUGGCACGCAGAGCACCUCCUUGACCAGUGUGGCACCACCACCAUUUGCAUUCGGCCAGCACGCCACGGACAAAGCCCUGAAUGUGAUCCUUAUUGUGGUCCUCUUUGUCAUCAUGGUAUCUCUGGGGUGCACGAUGGAGAUAGCCAAGAUCACAACUCACCUCAGGAAACCCAAAGGCGUGGCAAUUGCUGUAAUGGCUCAGUAUGGUGUCAUGCCCUUGACAGCAUUCGUACUGGGCAAGCUCUUCCAGCUGGGUGCUACAGAAUCCCUGGCCAUCCUCAUCUGCGGCUGCUGCCCAGGGGGAAACCUCUCCAACAUCUUUAGCCUGGCACUAAGAGGGGACAUGAACCUCAGCAUUGUAAUGACCACAUGCUCAACGGUCCUGGCAAUUGGACUAAUGCCUCUGCUUCUGUACCUUUACUCGGGAGGACUAUACGAGGGUGAUUUGGAGGGCAAGGUGCCUUACAAAGGAAUAAUCACCUCCCUGGUCCUAAUGCUAAUCCCCUGUGCCAUCGGCAUCAUCUUGAAUGAGAAGAAACCACAGUACACUGGCUUUACCAUCAAGGCAGGGAUGGUUGUGCUUCUGCUGUCAUCUGCUGCAAUAAUUGUUCUGUCUGUGGCCAAUGUGGGAAGCAGUAUCACGGUCGUCUUCUCGCCAUCCCUCCUGGGAUCUUCUGCCUUGAUGCCUUUGAUUGGAUUCCUGCUUGUCUACGUUCUCUCCGCAAUCUUCAAGCUUAAUGACAGAUGCAGGCGAACAGUGUGCAUGGAAACCGGCUGCCAGAACGUACAGCUUUGCUCAACUAUCCUCAAGGUCGCCUUUGCCCCAGAAAUCAUCGGCCCCCUGUACUUCUUCCCACUGCUCUACUUGGUGUUCCAGCUUGGAGAGGGACUUCUGCUGGUCCUGGUCUUCAGGAUCCGUGACAGAAUAAUGAAACCAAAUGGCAAAUGCAGCAAAGAUGAUCUGCGCAGCUGUGGACACAGUUACUGCUCAAGAAACGAAACCAGUGUCAAGACCCUGCAGAAACAGUGA